CAACACAGCAGCCACAGUUCCAGUCUCCUCUGCCAUGCACUCAUGCUCUCUGCUCUGGGUUUUGCCUCUGGUCCUCCUCCUUUUGCCCUUGGGGUCAAGUUGCCCCAAAGGCUGUAUCUGUAAAGACGCACAUUCCAUAGACUGUAGGGACUCAGGACUCUCUGAUCUGCCGACCGGCAUCUUCCCUCUAGUUGUUAGGAAGCUCCUGAUGAGCAACAACCAAAUCCAGGAGAUACCAGCUGACUUCUUCAUGUACUAUGGCGACCUAGUCUACCUAGACCUCAGCAACAACUCUCUAUCCACCAUUGGCAAAGGAACCUUCAGUACCACAAAACUGAUCUACUUAGACCUGAGAUACAACAACUUCUCCCAGCUGAGUCCUGGUGCCUUUAGCUCGGCACACAGGCUGAUCAGGCUACGACUGGGGAACAAUCCAAACCUGGGGAAGGUGGACAAGGAAGCCUUCCAGAGUUUGAACGUCCUCCAAGUGUUGGAGCUGAACGACAAUGCGCUGGAGAUCUUGAGCGUCACGGCCCUCAGUUCCUUACCAUCCCUUCGGACGCUGAGGCUCGAGGGAAACCCAUGGCUCUGUAACUGUACAUUCGCUCAUCUUUUCCUCUGGUUGAAAGACAAUGCCGAUGUUCUGCCCACAGGCUUCGGCGCGAUCCAGUGCUCCUUGCCCAGGGAUAGGAGGAAGAUCACCCUCAAUGAGUUAUCUGACAACAGCUUCAACGAGUGCGAGUACUCCCUGACUCUGACUGACUACCUGAUCAUCUUCUUCUCUGGCGUCUGCGUCUCCAUCACCGCCAUUACCACAAGCUUCUUCUUGGCCAACAUCGCGCAAUGCUUCCAGAGACUGGGAUUAUUCAAGGGCAAUGACGAGGAAGAGGAUUACUAACUGCGAGAAACAGACACCAAAAAAAAUGGAUCAUUGUGAUUUUUCUCAAGUAUUUCAUUUCAAAAGAAAUGUUUUCUACUUAAAUAUCAAGUUGCAUAUUAAAAUGUAAUA